UUAAUAACUAUAAAAAUAAUGUAUAUUAAAAUAUUAUGUGAAAAACAAUGUUCACAAAAGAGGAAGAAGAUCAGAUUAGUUAACCUCAAAAUUUGUUGUGCUUUUUUAUAUUAUUAUGUCUUAUACAAAUAUUCAGCGGGUUAGAAUUCUAUACAAAACAAUUUUAAAAUUACACCGCGGUCUUCCGCAAGAGUUGCAACAAGUAGGUACAAACUAUGUUCGAGAUGAAUUCAAAAGGCACAAGUCGUGUUCUCUCAAAGAAGCGGAGACUUUUGUAGAUGAGUGGACGCAUUAUGCGAUUAGUUUAGCUGAGCAAUUAGGAAUAAAAGGUCCUCAUACAAGCAAACAACUGGGACAACCGCUGUCUCAGUGUGAUUUGGAGCACUUUCGAGAUGAGCAAAUUGUACAGUUAUACGAACUUAUGGUUGCUUCCAAUGCCCCAAAGGAAAAUAUUGGAACGUAAGAUUUUUUUGUAUGUAAAAUGUAGGGUAAUUAAAUAAAUUUGUUAAAAAUA